GACCUGGCAGAAAGGUAGUGGGGGCUCCCCUCGGGGCCCUCGUUGUACAGUCCCUGUAGUGGAGUCCUUCCCUAGAAAUUAGGGAAAGAAGUCCCCCAGGACAAUAUUUUUCCCUGUAUGUUUUCCCUUACCCUAGAAACUCCCUCAGGCAGAGAGGUCCAGAAGCCACCCCCUCUUCCUCAGACCUUCCCUCAUGGCAACAAGUGGAGCCAAUUGUAUAUGAAAGUAAAAGAUUCUGCUGAAGGAAGCUGUAAAUUGGGGAGACCACCCUGGGACCCCCAUUCCCUUCCUAUCCUGAAGGGGAGAUAUGCACUGCAUUACAACAAUCAAAGCCAGCUUGAACCUGCAUUUGGUGAAUUUCUCCCUCCAUCCUCCCCAUACCUAUCCUCUCAUCACAGACCUAUCCGUGAGAGAAUCUUGGGCUAUGCUGAGGAGCCCUGUUAUCUCUGGUUCGUCAUGGAGUUCUGCGAAGGGGGAGAUCUGAAUCAGUACGUGCUCUCGCGGCGACCGGACCCAGCCACUAACAAGAGUUUCAUGCUACAGCUAACCAGCGCAAUUGCCUUCCUGCACAAGAACCAUAUUGUGCACAGGGACCUGAAGCCAGACAACAUUUUGAUCACCGAGAAGUCUGGCACCCCGGUUCUCAAGGUGGCAGACUUCGGACUCAGCAAGGUCUGUGCUGGCCUGACGGCUCGGGGCAAGGAAGGUGGGAAUGAUAACAAAAAUGUGAAUGUGAACAAGUACUGGCUAUCUUCAGCCUGCGGCUCUGACUUCUACAUGGCCCCUGAGGUCUGGGAGGGACACUACACAGCCAAGGCAGACAUCUUUGCCCUGGGCAUCAUCAUCUGGGCCAUGAUUGAGAGGAUAACUUUCAUCGAUGCAGAGACCAAGAAGGAGCUACUGGGGACCUACAUCAAGCAGGGCACAGAGAUUGUGCCCGUUGGGGAAGCACUGCUAGAAAACCCAAAGAUGGAGUUGCAUAUCCCCCAGAAACGCAGGACUUCCAUGUCUGAGGGAAUCAAGCAACUCUUGAAAGACAUGUUAGCUGCUAACCCACAGGAUCGACCUGAUGCCUUCGAGCUUGAAACCAGAAUGGACCAGGUUACAUGUGCUGCUUAAAUUCAGGGCCAAGCAUUAGUGCAUUUUGCAAUUGGGUUUAUUUACCAGGGACCUACAAUCUCCAUUACUUACAUGCAGAGAGGGAAGAAGACGGUAUUGAAGAUCACCUGACAACAGGAUCUCUGGCAAUGGGAAGUUUUCCGUUUGUUUUGGUCACGUGAGAUUUCAGAAGAAUAGAAUCUUUGCAGCCCAGUUGGUUACAAGACUAUUGAAUGAGGUCAAGAAGAACAGGUUUCUCUUCCCCCACAUCCCCACCCCUUUCCCCCACCGUUUCAGCCUUGUUAUUCAACUAGAAUGCUACAGGGUCUUCUGGGAAAGACUUGUGUCUUUUUACCAACACUGAUUGGAAUUAGAAUCUCUGCAAAGCAUUCCCUCAGCUGCUGACAAGUACCAAGGCUCAAAGUCCGGAUGUGCCCAAGUUUGUUUUUUAAAGUUAAUAUUCUUUAUCUAGGGGAGAGAAGCUCACUGGGCUUGCUCUGUAGUUGGGAGAUUGUAGAAAAAGUAAAGUCUUUGAAGCCCCAUGUUGGAAACAAACAGUCAUGUGGCUCAGAACCUGAUGGCUCCUUAACAGGCAGGUGCUGCCCAGGUUAUAAAGCAAGUGACAUUAGAGUAGGGUAGCAAAAUUAACGAAAUGGAAGAGAAAUUGAUUAGGCAAGAUCGGUGCUGUAGUGGAAAGAGCCUUGUCGUCCCCGCACCCAAAUAAAAAAGGUCCGCUGUGGAAUUUGGCAGCUGAGAGACUAAUUCUGUAAUGGGCCUGUGGAGUGGAUGGGACAGAUUUUUCAGGUGACCAACUGAACUGUAGGGUGGAUGUAUAUGACAAAAGCAGAACGUAGCUGAAAAAAAAGAUCUGAAGUCACUUGUGCCAAACUUCAGCUGUGAAGGACUUGGCAGUAUUGGAGGUAGGGGGGCCGGACCGCUAGUCACUCACUGUAUGGUUUCAAGGCUCCUGCAGAAGCCUGUUUGCCCUUUGUGCAAUAACUGUGGUCUCCAAAGGGCAAGGAGAAUGCUGGCCAGGCUUGGUCAGUGGGAUGUAGGGGUAAGGAGGUGGGAAUCUCAAGUUUCCUGGCCUGCAUUUGGAGCCGCACUGACAUUCUGGGACUGACUCUGUGUGAUGGUUUGAGUAGCGCUUUAGACCUUGCUCAGCGUAAAGCACAGCACCCUUUUACCCUGUGAUUUCUUACACACGCUAGAAAUGUCUCCCCAAACUGCUGCAAACCCCUGCUGAGAUACGGGUCCAGGAGACACGAGUUGUGCUUCCAGACUAAAUCUCUCACCCGGUUACCGAAGUAUUGGUAGGAUGUGACUAGCUUCACAAUUAGAGAAGGGCCCUGCUGAGCUAAUCAGACACGAUCGUCACAGGAGUAACAGGCCUGCUGUCUGUGCGGACACUUCAGUCUUAUUUCUCUUCGUUGACAUUUUUGUGCGCCCGCUUGCUACUUGUCUGUCUACUCGGUAUGCUGUACCAUCCCAUAAAAGUGAAGGAGGCUGCAAUAACUCCAUUAGGGCUAGAUUAAGGAUGGUGUCUAGUUUUGUUUUUUAAAACCUGUAAGCCUUGACACCUCUGCUGAGCUUGAAUGCAGUGACCAGAGAAGAUUUGGGAGGCACCUUACCAGGAAGGUUGUGCUGUGCAUUAGGGGAAUAGCAGAGCAGUAGCAUAGAGUUGUCGUUAUGUGCUCCCCCCAUCUGAUUAAACACCUUGUGUUUUGAAGGUUUCACACAGAGACCGUAACCAGCAUAGCACAAGCCCACGAAUGGGACCCAGUCGCUCUUUCCUGCAACCCCCCCCCCCCGAGAUGCUUCUCUGUACUGUGGAUAGCCACAGUCAGACCUGAAAUACCCUCACUUCUUCCCAAGAUGGUUAUUUGGGGUUAGGACGUUUGGGUUUGGUUAUCAACCAGAGAGGACUGUCUGGCUUUGUAACUCGUCUGUUCAGUUUGGUUAGUCUACGUUUGAUUCCCAGCUUAGCGGGGCUGUUGAGCAGCAUCUAAGAUACUCCGGGGGGGGGGGUAAUGAAGGGGUGGAUUUUCUCACUACUGGAAGCCCCUCAUCCGUCACAGGGUGCACUGAAACAUAACACAGGUUUACGUGCUGUUCUGCCCGUUGUUUGUCCAUCCCCCUUGCUGUUUUCCUGACCCAUGUUCUUUAGAAGCACCCCAAUACUCCUGUUCACAAUAGAACUGGUCUUCCAUGUGACUGUCUACAUCAGGCGGCCUCCUGCAGGCAGAGGCUCUUUCCCCCAAGUCCAAGACUGUAUUAACUACACCUGGCUUAGGCCGAGAGUCUCAAGCUCGUAUUUCAACGCUCGCUUUGGGCCCUGAACCCAUGCUAGCUGUGCAUGGAUGGGACAACUGACAGCAGACGCCAGGCUCUAAGAGCAGGGCUCCUCAGUACAGCCUUUGCAACUGUUGGUUGCUAUGGCUACAUCCAUGGCUAGAACGCACCUGCUCACACAUGCCAGGAGGAAGCCCAAGGGAGAUGUUAUGGCACCGAAGGCAACUUCCAGGCAGACUCCUAGGAGAGCUGCUUUGACUUAGAGGGUGCUUGUCUCAGAACUUUCCAUUUAACCUGCUUACCACCUCCAGUGAGAUUUAAGCCAUCACCCACCAGAGGCUUCCAGUUCUGCUACUCCCUCAGAGGCUAUGCGCUCUCUCCAGCACCGCUGUAUGGGUGGGGAGGCAGAUUUCAAACCGAGGGAGUGCCACUUGCUUCAAGUCCUCACCUGCAGAGGAGGUACUAAGGAAUCCUUUUCGUUAGAUAUCCAUGAGUGCCCCCUUCCCCUCUCUGGAAACUUCAGUGAAGCCCUGACUACGCCCCGACUUAAAUGCACUGCUGGCAGAGCGUAUGGCUAGCCACCUGGUUAGUGUAAAGUCACCCUCUCAGCCCUGCCCUGAUUCCACCCACCUUCAGAUCUCACAUUUCCACUUCAGCUUUUGCAUCGCAGAUGUGUUUUGAAACCAGCUUGACGUUAGCUAGAUCGACCGUAGUGCCUUAUAGGCUUUAGAAAACACUUCCUAGGAAGAGUUCUAGGGCUGCUAGCCUUUGGCCAGUUGGGUCAUUUCUCCUUUCGUUUCUGUCAGUCUAAAUAUGCUUCUCUCCUUUGCUUUCCUGCCGAUGGCGGCUUUGCUGCAGAGUGCUCCACGUUCACUAGACUAGUGAGGAAGUCCUACAGUUUACAGGUAGUGGUGUCUCCCCAAACCUCACCUCUGAAUCCUCUGGGCCCUGCCCAACUCAUCCUAGGGCAACAGCAUCGAAAGAGGGAUUAGCUCUAAACCUGCAGCUUUCGCAAGGACAUAAAGCUUUCUGGGGAGGGGCAUCUCUUUCCUCUUGCUUGACAUCAUCUUCCUGCCCAGCUCCUCCACCUUGCUGCUGCUGGCGGAACCGUCUCCCCCCUCGUAUACAUUUUUGGCAUAAGGCUUUUGCAGCUGGGGAAAUUCCAGCUUCUGGGAAAAGGGGAGCUAAAGCAGAGGCUCAGGCCUGCCUGGUCUCUGCAGCUCAUAUUCAUACAAGAGUGGCUCCUGAUUUCUGACUGACCACACUUGAUACUGAACUUAAAAACUGACCCUGGAGGGACAACUCUAGCUGUUAUGAGGUCUAACCCUAACCAGAGUGGGGAGAGUUGAGGGCUCCUACCAAGGAAGGUCCACUGAUUUUGAGGCUCGCUCUCACAAGCCAGGUUUUUGCUAGAACAGAUGACAUGGCCCUGUCCAUGUGAUAGGAUUGUAUUAAAAAUUGUUUACUUCUACAUAUCCUGUUUACAGUGGGGGUGAGGGGAACGAGCCACGUUCCUGGAGAACUUUGAAAUGCGUUAGCUACAUCAACCUGCAAUGGAGGUCUGCACCUCCAGCAUCACACCGACACGGGCUUGGCUGUAAUACCACAGCUGUAUUCCGUAAGAUGGGCUCAGUAGGCUGGUUAGAGAAGGAGUCAGACUAGCUUCCCCGGUGUUCUCCUGCUGCUGUGUUUAAGGUUCAGAGGGGCUGGUGACAGCUAGACAGUGGUCCCCCCUUUAGUCUUCCUUUACUCCUCAGGAUCCAGCUCCGUAACAUAUCAGGAGGCUCCCAGAGCCUGUGUGGAGCAAUAAGAGACUUUAACAAAAGUUACCAUCUUUGUGGAAUUCCUCAUUGGUGUAAAUCUUCUCCAUGUGCAGGAUCUACUCUGGGUUUAAGCCUGCCCAGGGACAUGGUGCAGCUGCAAAGAGAACAGCCAGCUGCAAUGGAGGCAAAACAAAUCCAAAUAUACUAAGUUUAAUGUACAAAGGCCAUGAUAGUGGGGAACACAUUGCUGCUUUGUGUGGUUUCCUCCUCUAACCACACUGCCAAAGCAUGUUAGGCAAAACCCUUCCCAGGGGCUACUGGUGUUACUGUUGCUGUAAAGCCAAUCUCCCUUUCCCUCUGGAGUUGGGGUGGUGCCCUUCAGAGACUUUUCUCUAGAAGACCAAUCAAGCACUUACCCCAUUCUUCAGCAUCCACCCCUACAUCAUCAUCUGUAGCUGGAUCUAGCCCAUGCUGCUCAAAUUCCCCUCAAGCUGUGUACUACAUAUUGCAUUGUAGCCAACCAACUUUCUUGGAGACCCCGGUCUUUUUAUUGAAGCAAUUCAGAUUUGAGGCUUGGCUGCAGUCCCCGGGAGCUGGACUUUGUGUUUCUUCUGAUGCUUGGCAACACUAGUUUGUGUGGCUGAACAAAGCAAAUUACUUGGCAUUCAGAUUUAUCCAUUCCUUCCAUGUUGCAAGCAAUCCAUCUCCGGCUGGCGCCCCUGGCCAUAGUUCCUGGAAAUCAUUGCAUAGGCUGUUCUGUUCUCUACACUACAGUGCUAGCUAUUACCUAUGUAAACUGGGGCCUGCUUACCUUGUGCUGCCCGUUUCCAUGACUGCAGUGUGAAAUGACGGCCUGCCACUUUCCUGAAACAACCAGUGACAAAGCAGUUACACCAUUCUGGUCUAAAAGCAUUUUCACACUUUUUAGAGUCAGAGUGGGCGGGGAGGCAGGGUGAACAGCACAGUAGGAAGUGGCCUCUUCUAACUGCAACCUGACAAAUUCCAUCUUCCUGCAGUUUGCCGUCUCAAUGCUUUUAACUCUAAGGUGUGGCUCCCAGAGGGAUUGGUGGUUGGAUAUUUAAUGCAGCUUCUCUCCUGAACUAGGUAGAGUGGGAAGGCUUAAACCCAGACUCCAAACUAAAGUUACUUCAUGAUACUAGUUAAUAAAUCUGUAUUUUUCUUUUUUGCACAGAAGCUGGUAAUCUAGGACCUAUGUGUGAACUUUAUAUAAAUAUUUUUUGUACUUGGUUUACUUGGGUUGGUAUGAGACGUAUUUAAGUUCCUUGAACACUGUGGAUACCCUGAUGUGUAUGAAUGGCAGAGGCGUUGUAAAUUAAGAGACGUUUGUGUGAAUAAAGCUAUUUGAUGGGGUUGAAAAGCCAUACUCAAUUUGAAA